UUACUGGAAUGCGUGUAUAUUUCUGAAUUGAGUUUUAAAAAAUAUUUAUCAGUGCAUACGUAGUGCUAUUACGAUAAUAUGUGUACAAUGAACCGUUUAAGAUGUGUUUAACAUCACGUGCUUAGUUUCACUUUCUAUGGGCGUAGAUAAUCAUGCAAAAUGGCCAACGAUUUGUGGUCAUGUACCUGUUGUACGGAGGCGCUGACUUGCUGGCUGCGGCUGAAGCUGUCUCCAGAGGAGAUCGAGCAGCGCUACAGGAGCAAAGAGAUCGACCGGAUAUUAGAGAAGGACAAGCAGACGCUGCGACGGCAGGUGAAGCUGCUGCUGCUCGGCGCGGGUGAAAGCGGGAAGUCCACAUUCCUCAAACAGAUGAGGAUCAUACACAAAGUGAAGUUCGAGCCUGAGUUGGUACGGGAGUACCAGCAUGUGAUAUAUCAGAAUAUAGUGAAAGGAAUACAAGUGCUAGUUGACGCGAGGGACAAAUUGGCGAUACCGUGGGAGAAUCCUAGAAAUUUGGACGUGGGACAGCAGGCGUUGCACUUUAACAGCACGCAGACGCUGGACAGCCGGCUGUUCAUGCACUACGCGCCGCACAUACACUCCCUGUGGCUCGACAGGGCCAUCAAGAGGGCCUAUGACAGGCGGAGAGAGUUCCAACUGAGCGACUCUGUAAGCUACUUCUUCGACGAGCUGGAGCGCAUAGCGCGACCAGACUACAUGCCAUCCCACCAAGACAUCCUGCACUGCCGGAAAGCCACCAAGGGCAUCUCCGAGUGUACCAUCAACAUCAACAAUGUGCCCUUCGUGUUCGUCGAUGUCGGUGGACAGAGGACGCAACGGCAGAAGUGGACGCAAUGUUUCGACUCAGUUACGUCGAUAUUGUUCCUAGUAUCUUCGUCGGAGUUCGACCAGGUGUUGUCUGAAGACAGGAGAACGAAUCGUCUCGAAGAGGCGCUCAACAUCUUCGACACGAUCGUCAACAACGUCAACUUCAAAGGCAUUUCCAUUAUCCUCUUCCUCAACAAAUCGGACCUCCUAGCGAAAAAGGUCGCUAGCAAGGAGACCGACAUUCGCUGGUACUACCCCCAGUUCGCUGGCGACCCGCAUAAUCUAGCCGACGUGCAAAUGUUCUUACUAGACAUGUUUGCCAACGUUCGCCGCGAACCAAAGACAACGCUCUAUCACCACUUCACUACAGCCAUAGACACGUACAACAUAGAAGUCGUCUUCAACUCCGUCAAAGACACUAUUCUCAAUCGUAACCUAGAAUCACUCAUGCUGCAGUGAUAGUGUUAUAAUGUGAUAUUGGCGUGCAUAAUAUGAAAGACAGUUAUAUUGUACCUAGUUACACGGCCUCCGCGCGGCCUAAUGUAAAAUAUGUAAUUUGACAUGUAUUUAUUUACCAAUAAACGGUAAAAACUAUGUAUAGUCUAUCGUAACGAUAUUUGUAUAUCAGUAUAUUUAUGACCAAAAAAUGUAGAUUUUGCACUUGGAAAAAUGUAUUAUUAUGAUCACUUUUUUAAUGGAUACGCGGCUACGAGUAUACGUAGGCUAUAGUGGGGUAGAAUUAUUGUCAUGGACAAAUUUGUGUAAAGCAAUAUUGUUUUAAAUGCUCCGUUAGGUUAUUCGAAGUCCAUCGAAUGAUUGUUAAUUAAACGCAAGAAAUCGCUAUUAUUACUCGGAUUUAGAGAUAGUGAAUUGUAGUAUCUAUGCUCAAAACUUUUGCCAAGUGACAAGUGAUAAUAUCGAUUUAAAGCGUAUGUGAAUAAAAUUGUAAGGUAAUUAUGUCAGAGACGAUUAAAUAAUAAACACUGCUAACCUUCGUACUAGUGACCGUCACUUAAGGAAAUCCAUAGUUACUAACAGAUUCAAAUGGUGGUGCCAUCUUGUUAGCGCGCAAAUUUCACAACGCCAUCUGCAGGUCCUAAAUACGAACUAUCCAUUUAAACACAAGAACUAUUAAAGUCGUCAUAAAAAGUGGAACGCCAAGACAACCGUACGGAAGUGUCAAAGUAGUCAUCCACGUUUCCAAUACAACUUAUAUUUGCUUACUUAUGCCAUAGACAUUGGCGUGCCUUACCUUCUUAGGCUUGACAGGUGGCGUUCAAAACAUUGACACAUUCUUGUAUGAAAAUUAGCAGUGUUACAAUGUCUCUGGUUAUAAACCUGAGGGGCAUGCAAUAUAAUCAGUGCCAAGUUGAGACCUGGUGCGUUGCGGUCUCUUCUGUUAGGUGUAAUGUCACAAAUAGUAAGGUGUCGCAUGAGUAAAAUAGGUGUUUUGAACCAAGAAAAAAUAAAAGUAUGGUGCCAAUCAG